CAGUUUGAUUUGAACGUAUUAAGUUUAUGACACACAACUCUCCAAAAAAUCGAAAAUCAAUGUUGGAAAGAUAGUAAUACCGCUCGUCAGUUAAAGUUAAAUGGAAACCAUUGUUUACUGUGCGUUGUUAAGUGAAAUAAUUUAUGUCCGCGAGCUCGCCGGUUUUAAACCGCGAAUAUACAGAUCGAUUAUACCGUAUAUGUAUUGAAUGUAAAAAUAUGUCUGAAUAAAUAUAUUUAUUAAAUAUGAAUGAAAACAGGCUUUGCAAUUGGAUUGAAUACGAACAGUUGAAAUGAUUUUAAUAUGAAAAUUUACGACUUGGGACACUUGUUUUGUUUGAUUUAAAAACCUGUUUAAGGCUGAGUGAUACAAAAAUGUGUCGAUGGGGUUGUACAACUACUAAUACGACGUACAUGUGUAAAUGGUGUGGGACAAGAUACUGCCGGGAAUGUCUUCACGGGGAUUUUGUAGGCUUAAUGAACGACUCAACACAGUGUCGAAUCUGCAAUCAAAAGAAAUGUCAGGGUAACAGAGUAGAAUAUGUCCCUCGACCGAAAGACGAAGUAGACCCUAAAGCUGCUAAAGGACGCGGAUCAUCGUCAUCACGUGCACGCAGUGCAAAGUCGUCUGCAAAAUCUUCAAGGUCAAAGAGUGCGAAAAGCUCAAGAGCAAAAUCUGGAAAGAAAUCAGGCAAAAAAUCGGGCAAAAAGAAAAAAUAAAGACGGCAGAACCAUUUAUAUUAUUUCGCAAACAUCAUUUAUUAUAUUUCUAUAAGAAAAAAAGUGCCUUUAGAUAUAGAAUAGGGUAGCAGUUCACGUUUGAAUGAGUAACACAAACAUGUUUUUAAGUCAUUCUAAUGGAUAAGGAGAAGUUUUUUCGGACAGACACAAAGAUAAGACAUGGUAUGGUCUUCAUUAAAAUUAGAAUGAGUAGUAAUUUUCAGUGGUGUACGGAAUCUGGAUUGUGGGUGUCAUUUCAGUUGUUAAAUGUCACUCUUGUAGGUGAAGGUCGACCUAUGAAAUUUGAAGCGACAUUCAAUACAUCAAAAGGUUAGAAUUUGUGCUUGUCCUACCAUCGGGCACUACAUUAACACGUUUGUACAUUUGAUACGGCAUAUGUCAACAGAUACAAUACUUUACAAUGCAACGCAAUUUACGAAUUAUAUCAUAACGAAUAUCACUCUAGGCCACAACAAUAGACAUACGAAAUGACUUAUAACAAUAGGAUACGAGAUAAAAUGCCGUUCUAUAAAGCGACUGUCGCGUCGUGUGCCAACCGGUGCAAUUGUACCACCGGCUAGAUACCUUUGAAAUAUACCAACAACCAUUGCUAGCCGGUGUGCAACAAACACAACAUCAACAAAUACUUAUUCUAUACAGUAGGCAUAAAUACACAAUGAACAUAUGACAGUUUGAUAUGACAGUUGAUGAACUUGUAAAUGUUACGGUCCAUGGCAGGACAAAUUAUGCUUUAAAUACCAGAACAUGUAUCGCAUGUCGCUAGAACAUUUGAUAUACAGAUGCCUUCAGGACAUCUAACAUGACACCAACGAUAGAUUUAAUGGAGUGUGUUCACUUUGCAAUAAUUAAUUGUGUUAGAAUAAUAUUUUUUUCAUACAUUUAAAUUAGGAGUUUUGUGCGCGUAAAUA